CUGGCAGAGCCGUACUCGCCGUUGGCGUGCUCGCCGCGCUCGUGCGUACCAGUGUGCCAGUGCAUCGUGCCGUCAUGGACGUCGUGGACACGCCGAGACGGUGGUCGGGGAGGCCGAGCUCCAGGUGGUGAUGGUGGCUGCUGGCUGCGACCCUGCGGCCACUUAAGGGUGCCGAUGAUCCGCGGAUGUCCCGAACGACACAACGGCGCUCCCGCACCCGCUCCAUGUGGUUGGCUGACGAGCCAUCAGCAGAACAACAUUCUCCAGGACUUUGAUCUACAACAGCGCCAACGGAAAGCCCAGAAACCACAGAGGGUGCCGGAGGGGGGCUGGAUUGAGAAAGACCAGAAUGGAUCGGCUUCAAAGACAGUGGAGCGACGUCCAGCCAAGCAGCACGCGGUGCCGAGUGCGGGGGCGCGGGGGCGGGCGUCGGGGGGCGGUUGGGCGGCGCCGGGGGCGGGCGUGACCGGGCGGCGCGCCGCGUCCGUAGACAGCGACUUCCUGCUGAGCUGCGAGAGCGAGAUCGGCGAGGAGCUCUUCGACGAGGACGGCGUCUCCGUCGGGCCGAGCACCUUCUGCGAGACGGCGGGCGACUCCGGCGUCGAGUCCACGCACAGCAUGCAGUCGUACAGGGGCCACCCGCUGCCCAAGAUCCAGGUGGGCCCCCUGGGGGUGGCGGCUCUGGCGUCGCGGUCGCCGAGCCCCGUGGACGCGCGCACCUACUCCAGUUCGUUCCCGCGACGGAAAAGCGGCGCCUCCAGCGGCGGCGAGGGCCCGCCCAGGAGCUUCUCGGCCGACAGCACCGCCAGGAGGAGCAGGUCGCGGUCCAGGUCCAGGACCAACAAAGAGUCCGACCGCGAGCUCAGCCCCGUCAGCUGGGUCGGCGGCACCGAGACCGGCGUCUUCCUGUGCAAGGCCGGCUGGAUGCAGGUGUCCGCUCCCUCCGGCGACGAGGACUCGGGUCGCGAGCUUGAAAGGACGACCCAGAGGGGCAGGAGCAGGAGUCGAAGUUCCUCCCGGGGCCGGACGGGCCGCACGGCGCAGCAGUCCCACGCCACUCGUGCCGCGGCGGACGCGGGCCACCGGGAGAACCGGCGCGCGGACCGCGCGGACCGGUACGCCGACGUGUGGGGCGCCGACGGCGUGCUGCUGCCCGUGCCGCGCGACCUCAUGUCGGCCGAGUGGGCGGCCGACGACCGCGUCAUCUCGCCGCCGGCGGGCUUCCGGGACGCCGUCCAGGACCACGACGAGCCCAGCAGCGACCACGGCUUCCUGGAGCGCGAAGUGACGCGCGUGCCGCUGCAGCAGCUGCAGCAGUCGCAGCAGCCGAAGCAGAUGCAGCCGCCAGUGAAGCAGCAGCCAAAGCAGCAGCAGCCAGUAAAGCAGCAGCAGCAGCCGGCGGUCAAGCAGCCGAAGCAGCCCAAGCAGCCGCGGAGCCGCGACAAGAGCAGCAGCAGGGACCGCCUGUCGGAGAAGGGCCCCAUCUACACGGACGACGACGAGGAGGAGGAGCAGUUGCAGAAAGGGGGUCGCCGCGGAGGCCGUGCGCCCAACGCCAGCCACUACGGUCGCACCAGGCUGCAGCCCUACGACACUUCGUCGGACAGCGACGAGUACAACAACUUCCCGCGCCGUGCCCCGGCCUACAGCUCCGGGGGCCGCAGUGGCCGCGUGCCCAGGUCGCGGUCGCUGCAGCAGGUGCCGGCCGGGCAGCAGGGCCUGCAGCAAGGCCACCCGCAAGGCCAUCCUCAAGGUCACCCUCAAGGUCACCCGCAAGGCCAUCCUCAAGGUCACCCUCAAGGUCACCCUCAAGGCCACCCGCAAGGUCACCCUCAAGGUCAACAGCAAGGUCACAACCAGCCGCCGCCGCUGCCGCCGAAGGGACUGCCGCCGCCGCAGACGGACGGCGCGCGCAAGCCCUUCAAGGAGUCCAAGGCCAACAUGCAGCGCCACUACCAGAUGCAGUUCGACCGCGAGUUCCUGCAGGACCGGCAGCAGGAGCAGCUGCUGGCCAAGUUCCAGGAGGAGCUGCAACGCGUCGCCAUGGAGACCCCCGUGGGCAAGUCCAGCAGCAUGCCGCGCCAGUCCAGCGGCGGCACGUCGCAGCCCGGCUCGCAGCCCCCGGCCCAGCAGCCCUACCACCGGCCGCCCAAGCACCCCACCUCGGCGCAGCAGGCCUCCGUGCACGCCGUGCGCAGGCCCGCGCCCACCCGGGAGUCCACGUCACUGCCCCGGAGCGGCCGUAAGUACCGUCUCGUUCGAAAGUGCAGAGCAAUCAUUUUAAAGUGUGGCACACCAUAG